ACAUUAAUAACCUGUGUAUCAGUGGUAUAUCUGUAGUGUAUUAGUUAACCACUAAAUAUAUUUGGUGAUUCAUGUAUAAAUAUAAACACUUUGGAAAUUUCAAAGUUUUUUCUUUGACAAAUGUAGACUUAACUUAAAGUAACGUCGAUUAUGAUCUUAUUUGACACACCGCAUAUUGAAUUAAGUGAGACAAUCACCUAUUAAAUCGGAUUUUCCAACGGAGGUUCAUUGAAAUGCGCCAUUAAGAGUAUGUUUCACACGUAAUGGCUUCCCUCUCAGAGUCCUCGAACAAUUAUUUCGAAAAUGACAUAUCCGAUGACGAUUAUGUUGACAACGAAGAUGAUGUUAGGUCUGACACCUUCCAUAAAACUAUUAAUGCAAAUGAGGAUGCUACAUCAGAGUUUGAUUGGGAUCUAUUUUCUGAAGCCGACAGAAGUAUUGGAAAGAUUUCUUUCCAACACACAGAGGAACAUUUCGAACAUGAUAUGAAUGGAGAAACGGACUUCACCGUUGCUGAAACUUCAAAUUCAACAUCAACAGACGAGAUUUAUAAAACUGUACCUUUUCCAUUCGCACUGAAAGAAACGCCUGUGGAAAUACCAUACAAGCCUAAACGGACUAACAAAAAUGCAUGUAAUGCCGAGAGAAUUAGGAUUUCAAAUGAGGUCAAGGCAAGCGAGUGGGUCUUGACGAAGGAAGAUCAUAAAGGGAUAAGUGCCUACACUGGCCGUGCCGCGCAUUCUAAGCAAAAGCGGAAAAUCGUUUCAUGCAAUGGAAAUAUUCCAUCAGACGUCACCGAUUUCAAUCUUCCACCAAUCACUGGUACAUAUAAAAUACGCCCGAAAAUGAAAAACAAGAUCCCUAUGUUUAUGCCGCCAUCAGUAUUGGCGAAUGUCGCCAAUAGCAACGAGACAGACACUGACACAAUUUUAGCGCGCUUGACAAGCGCUGGUGUAAGCGAAUACGUGCCUUGUAUGCAGUGCCAUGGAAACAGCAGUUACAGCGGAGGUUCGUCGAAUGGAGGAUGGAAUCAAGAUCAACAAAACAAUGGCAAAUGUCAAAGGUGCGGCGGGACAUUAAUAUCAUCAUUGGAAGCUGUUGGUGCGUUACGACGUUUGCAGACAAUGUUCCAAAUAGACAAUCUGAUCGUGCAAGACGUUCCCAACGAUGGCAACUGCUUAUUCGCGGCGGUGGUGGAUCAGUUGAGAACGCAGGGAAUUUUUGAGCACGACAUCUACAGUCUCCGAGAGGCUUCCGUAGAGUACUUACGAACUCAUCCUUAUGCGGACGAUGGGUCUAGUCUGGAUGCAUUUUUGGCAGGCGAAACCUGGGACCAGUAUCUGUUGCGGAUGGGGAGAGACGGGGAAUGGGGUGACCACAUGAUUCUCAACGCUAUUGCCGAAGUUCUGCAAAUGGAGAUUGUAAUCUAUGGCGGAAUUGCAGACCAGCGUAAAACAACCAUUUUGCCUAAGUCUUGCUCGCAAAUCAAAGGUGACGUUCGUAUAGCCCAUCUUCUUGAAUCGCACUAUGUAAGUUUGCGGAGAAAAGACUGGUUUAAAGAACUUGAAUCACAGCACGAACAACAGCACGUGGACUUAGAUGAAUCCACAAAGGGAAAUGGUAUCUUCCCAAUUAGUCAUUUGGAUGUGAUGCUAAAGAUUAUCAUACAGUCCGGAUAUUUGCAAAGUUUAAAGCCAUCGCUAGUUCACUUUUUCAAACCUCCGUACAAUUCAUGGGAAGAUGCAGCAAUCCAUAUUGUAGGCGACUUCAUUUCAGAAGCAAUACCAACUGCAUAUUCAGGAACCGCCUUUCAAAGCUUGUCAUUGACCUAUUUAUCUUCACACAGUGGACACCAGUUUAAAGAAAAAAAUAUGCCUAUUUUGUAUAUUCCUCAUGAUACGAAAGCUGUGUUUGAUAAUGAGAAAACGUCUCGAAAAGAUCUUGUAGUGUGUGGCGACCCAUCUGACGGUCCAGUCAAGCUGAAACCUGUCCAACCUUCAUUAUGGAAAUGGCGUCUUGAAAAAACACAUAGUACUGUCUACCUGAAAACAUUUGAACUAUCAGUUGACGUUCUUCACGACGAAAUUAAGACGAUUAUUUUAAAAGUCUCAAAAUAUGCAGGUUUAACAUCCAAGUGCAUUAUUGCAUUUUCUUGCGACUGGCCCACAUUUGCCGUUGAAUGGAUUUCAAGAAGUAGACCGGGCAUGUUUCCAAUGCCCGAUAUGGUGCAAACUAUAUUUAGUGCAGGUUGUCAUUUUGUACCAUAUAUCAGCCAGUCUGAAUAUUGUGAAAUAAUCGAUGAUGUCCCAACGAAAUCUGUCGGUGAUGCACAAACCAGUUGGUGUUUGUCAUUUUCUGUAGCCGAACGAACGCUUUUAAGAGCUUUGUCGACUGAACAGCGAGCUUGUUUUCUGGUUUUCAGAGAAAUCGUUGAAGAAGCAUUGUCGCAAUAUAGGUUGUCUUCCUCGGUUGUUAAAAGCAUAUUCUUGUAUGCAUGCGAGAAUAUUCCAACGAAAGAUUGGGCAUCCAAAUCAGGUGAAUGUCUACUGAUACUGUUAAACAAUACUUCAAAAGCUUUCGGCGCUGGAUAUUUGGCGCAUUAUUUUAUUUGUACGAAAAACUUGCUGAGCGGUCUUUCGGAGUCUGUUCUUCGUGAAUAUGCUUCAGAGCUUCAGAAAUGUUUGUCGCGGCCAAUUGCAGCGCUGAACCAUGCGCUUGAAACACUCAACAUCGCCAGUUCAGAUAUUGGACCAGUUCUCGAUCAGAUAAUUGAUGACGUUGAUGACUUUGUUGCCAGAGGUAACGCAGGACAGUCUUUUAUUGGUUGUGUUUAUCCCUGCUGGGGAUACCUUAUUCAAAUGAUGAUAAUGAACUCCGAAUACACAAAAGCGUUAUCAGCACUUCAAGACAUCCAAGCCGAACUCGAGAAUAUUUUCGCAAAACAGAUAAGUCUCGAACAAGUGGCAGUGUCUGUUCUUACGGGACCAAACAUAUGCAAGCAAUGGGUCUUUGCUUUGUACAUCGACCUCAGUUUGGGCACGAAAGUUUCAUCUGCUCUCUGCCAUGACAGGGAAGGGAUCCACAUAUCUGAAGUAUUUGGACCGAAGGCUACAGAGCUUUUAGUAGACACAUGCAUACCUAAAGGGGCUAAUAUCGAGUAUGGAAACCUUACGUUUGCUGAAUCUGUGUCACAGGUGCUGCAGGAGCUUAAACGAGAUGACGCUUUCAUAGCUGUACUUAAAUAUUACCUAGAAACAUAUGCCGUAUUUGCAGGUGAUGACAUCGUGCUUCCUGUCCGAGAUGAAACGGCUAAAGAUGAUAUUAUCACUGCGUUCAGUACAGGCAUGUCGAAAGUCGUAGGAAGUAAAGAGGCGGUAGCGGAAUACCAGUUGUCUACAGCUCUCCCAAUGUGCUUAAGUAAUCUGCACGUUAGCCUAUUCAAUAAGUGCAUGCAGAUACAGAAACAAGAAGAAUAUCGGCCCCUGUUACCAACAUAUCAAUCUUUAGCCAAACUUGGAUUUAGCAAAUUCGUUUCGCGUAAUGCUACACGAAUGGUACAAAAUUUGUCGGCGGCAACUUUGUCAGAAACCAUGUUUCCAGAGUUAAUGAUUUCUGGGUCAUUAGACCCUGAUGAAGAAUAUGGCACAGAUGAUGGUGUUCGGUUUCAAUGUACGGUGAUGUAAAUAUUAACAAUAAUGUUUCUAUGAUUAAUGGCAAACAUAUAUCCUUAUUAUAGGCGUUGAGUUCCUAUUCCAUUUUCAUUAACGUUUUAUACCUAACCAAUAAUAUACCUAUAUACAAGAAAUACGAUUUACUUGUGCAUGUGCAUCGUCUCAAAUCUGAUGAGGUUUUAACCUCAUUUAAUUUUAUAGAAAGAAACGACUGUACGUUAUUUCCCAAUAUAAGUUAUUUUGGGGAACAUAAUAUGUUCAGAAACAUUUUAUCGUACAACUCAUAUUGACAUUUAAACUUGUCAGAGUGUAAGGCAUUGUAAGUACCAUAACAUUAGAAUCAUGUAAAAUAUAAUAUUUCAACGCAAUCUGAAGAUAACGUUAGAAUAUGAUAUACAUGUACUAGUCAUGGUACUAUUCAAAGUUGUUGCGCAAUGAGUGUUAAUAUCCCUGUAAGGAGGGUUUAUUAUAUUUUUAAUUGAUUUCUUUAGCGGUGGUCAAAUCAUCUAUACUGCUCUAGUGUGUACAUUAUCGCAAGUUUUAAAUGUCUCUAUAUUCACUAGACCAAUACUACUGGAAUGUUGGUAAUUUUUACCUCACCAUCGUGUUAAUUGGUUGUGUUCUUUUUGUACGAUUUAUUAGGAUUUAUCGAUAUCUGACAUUUUACAUAAUUUAAUUAUAAAAUAUGUUUUACAAUCUAGGCCUAAAUCAUUGUGUAUGGCAAAAUGUUUCAAUGUUAUUGCACAUGAUUGAUUAUUAUUUCUAUGUACAUUCAUUGUAGUUGACCUUUGCAAUACUUAUCCGAGUGCUGUUGGUCUUAUGCUAAUUCACAAUUUCAUAGAUCUAGUCUUGAUCUAUCAGUUAAAUGUCACCUGAAGGCAAAAUUCCGGGAUGAAGCGCUGUGACGCAUGCUUGCACACUUUAUUAUAACAUGUGUGUAGUAUUAUUCAUAUGUUUUCACAUAUAAAUCCGCGUGUACUUGUUAUAUGAGCUUUGUUUUAUAUUAUCAAAUAAAGUGGUCAGGGGCACAAACAAAUACCAUUUGUUUGAAAUGGAAUAUAUGUUAUCUGGUUGUGUAACGUUAAUGUUAUAAAUACGUGCUAUCAAUGGCAAUAAUGUGCCAUUGUCAUAAUUUCUGAUCAUACAUAGUGUUAUUAUACUUUCGUUUUUCAUCUACAUAUAUGUCAAUGUCUUGCACAUACAUGUUUGUCAUUACAUUGUUAUCAGACAAACAAAUAAUUAAAUAUAAUUAUUAUAA